CACUGGAAGGCAGCACGAGAGUCACGGUUGGACGAACUUGUUCGUCAGCCGAGGAGAGGGGGGCACUGUUGUCAUCCGUCAGGUCCUGUGUGUGUCGAGCUUUUGUCCAGGAGAAAUGGCUGGGAUUAAAGCUCUCAUCAGCCUGUCCUUUGGAGGGGCCAUCGGCCUCAUGUUCCUCAUGCUAGGAUGUGCCCUCCCUGUGUACGACAAAUACUGGCCUCUGUUCCUCCUCUUCUUCUACAUCCUGUCUCCCAUCCCUUACUGCAUCUCGCGGAGAGUGGUCGACGACACGGACUCGGCCAGUAACGCCUGCAAAGAGCUGGCCAUCUUCCUCACGACGGGCAUCGUCAUCUCAGCAUUCGGCCUGCCCGUCAUCUUCGCAAGAGCUGAAGUAAUCGCCUGGGGGGCGUGUGCGCUCGUGCUAACGGGUAACAUAGUCAUCUUCAGCACCAUCCUGGGCUUCUUCUUGGUCUUUGGAUCCAAUGACGACUUCAGUUGGCAGCAGUGGUAAAACAGCAGAGGGAGGGGGACCUUAGUCUGAACUGUUUCUAUUAUUAUUAUUAUUAUUAUUGUAUUACUGUUUGGUUCUUGUUGUUGUUAUUUAUAUGAUGACCGUCCAUCCAUAGACUCACACCAAACCAGUGCAAUACCCUCUUCUUUCUUUUUUUUACCGCCUGCAUCAUAUUGAACUGACGCUAGUGGGAAAAUGCUGACUUUCUGUUGGAUUUUUACUCAUUUUAGUUUCUGUGUUUUUCUGUGAAUGUUCUCCAUUCGUGCGUUUUUAGUUUUUGAGCGUUUGUGAGCUGUUGAACAUCGACUGCUUGUUUUAUCUGUGAGAAGCUGAACGUCCAAUAAGACUCAAUCUGACCUAGAAGGACAGCGUCGUCCCGUCUGUGCUGCUGUCUCUAUUUAGAUAGAAGUCGCUCCACAGAGAGUACAGAUGGGUGUGCAUUUCCAGUCUAAGUGCUGAGCUGAGUGUAAAUCAGCAGAACACUGAUACAAGCUCAGAUUUUAUCACUCACGAUUCGCUGAAAAAGCUGCUUCCUUUUGGCACGAUUAGAUCGAAACGGGGUCUGUUUUGGUGAAAAUGAAGCUGAUAAGAAUGCUGAUUUUUUUUUAAUUAGCUUUUUCCACUAAUGUAACACUAGCAUCGCUAAGGGGGAAGAACUGGGCCGUUACUGCCACCAAACCCCGUCACACGUGUGAAUGUAAAUCAGCUGUCUUUUCCAGCAGCAUGUUCUUUAUGUCUGUCUGCGACCACGUUGGAAAUAUGUGUCACUUUAAAAGGUUAUCCCGUCAACCUUCUAAUGUCCGCGCCCCAUAAAGAGUCACAUGUCAUCACUCAAAGUGAGACGACGAUGCUCGUUUCCUCUCUGAACUCAGAGGACAGAGACUCAUUCAAACACUCUCACACCAGAGAUCAAAUUAGACCGACGUGGUGAUUUCCCAGGUGCCAGCUGGAUGCAGGCUGCUUACGUUACUCUGCAUAUAUGUUACCUCACUCUCAUGUGUGGGCAAGUCUCGCCGUGUCGGGUCAAGAAACCAUGAAAGGCUUCUAGCAGCCGCCAGCUAGCGUAGGAUUAGCUAGAGGACAGUGGCCUUGUUGGGAACUGAGCCAAGCUAAGAACUGGGCGACUUAUAACCGAGGCCUGGUCAGUCACUAACAGCCCUUAAGCUUUUACAUGUGACUCCUUCAAAAUAAAAGAAUCCGGCGUCUAUGUUUUAUUUCUCUCUAGAAGCACAUUGGGCCCAGACAUGCCGUCACAUUUCCUCACACCAGCAUUGUCGUGAUAAACGCACAGUUCUGAUUUGUUUCGAGGUGUUUCUGUGUGAAGGAGACGUUGUGUAAUCUGUUGGCAGCUCACAGCCUCUCGUCAGUCAGGUGCUGCUCUCCUGUUUAACUGGAACACCUCCUUUAGAUCAAUUACGUUCAGUUUGAAUAUGUGCUCUCUGGAAGAUAAAUACUAAAAUCUGAUUUGACUAAUGCUGACUUAAUGUCAUUUAUUUUGUGUCCCAGAAUUUCAAAUCUUUUAUUUUUUGUUAUGUGUUGCCGUUCAGCUCAGAACGUACUUUUAACUCGGGUUUCCAUGCACAGCAGAUUUCCAACAAUCAUGAUGUCAACACGUUCUGUUCCAAAGAAUAAUUUCCACUUUUUAAAACCACACAGUAAAUAAAACAUAUUUGAAGGAAUAGUUUUGGGGGGAAAGCUUAUUCGCUUGUCUUUUAAAAGUCAGACGAGAAGAUUGCUACGACUCUUUAAUCUGUGUCUCAAUAGAGUUAGAACCAAGCUACGAUUAGCCUAGCUUAGCAUAAAGACUGGAUACAGGGGGAGACAGCUAGCCUGUAAAAGUUCAACAAUAUGCCACUAAAACACAGAUAAAGUUCAUUAUUUAACAUAAAACGUAUUGUUUUUAUCGUUGAUAAAUUGUAGUUUUAGAGGGAUUAAACUCCCUUUAAAACUACGAGUUCACUAUGAAUUGUUUGUAAUUAAAUAGUAAUAGCACAUAACUCCCUCUAUAACCACCAUUUGUCAUUUUUAUAUCUCUGCUUGUGUGCGGAUGAAACAAACGAGAUACAACGUGUUCAUCAGUAAACUCUAGGGAUGUUGAUCGGUGUUUUUAAACUAGGAUAGCUUCCAGUCUUUAUGCUAAGCUAAUCGCCUCCCGAGUUGCAGCAUACAUUUAAAGCAAAGGCGUGAGAAUAUCCGUCUUCUCAUCUGAGUCACAUUAACACAAACGAUUUAUAAAGAAGAACAAAACUCUCAAGUUCACCAGAGUUUCAAAUGUACAUUAUGGGAAAAGCAAAUAGGAAAUCUGCAGAGGAAAGCCGUGGCUAAACAUGCUACCUGACACCUGUGUUUUAUCUGGAUCACAUUGGCAUUAAAACGUCCCGCUCAGCUGUGAUAUUUAUUUAAACUCUCUUGUCUGUUACGUGACUCUUCCAGAGAUCAGACCUCAGUGAAGCCAGUGAUUGUAUUUAAAGCAGCUUUUUAGCUCAAGUUAACGUGUGUUUAACUACUGAAUAAUACUGAAGACUACUGACAUGAUUUGUGCAUAUUGUUACCUAACAAGCAGGUGUUCCUGAGGUGUGAACAUCUGGAUGACUGUCUGAAGCUCACUUUGUCAAAUGUUCUCUCUGUUUUGUUGAAGCGAUGUGACAGGAGCUGGUGUGUGGCUGCUGGUUUGGUUUCUCUUGUGUUUCUGUUUUGAAGACAAAUGUUACGCUUUGUUUCUCACACACUUUGGGAGGAUAUUGUAGUUAUUUAUUUUAAUAAUCGCUUCGUGUCAAAUGUCCCAAUGCCAUUUUCUAUCUGCAACUGUUCUGUUAGAGGCAGAAGUCAGCAUGGUGGGUUUCUUUUGUUUUUUAAUAAACGGCAUUUUUGAACAUC